UACUGUAGCAGUUCUCAUUGUUGUUUCUGUUUUACUAGAGUUGCCCAGGCGUAUGUUAACCAGCGUAAGCUCGACCAUGAGGUGAAGACUCUCCAAGUGCAGGCGAGCCAGUUCUCCAAACAAACUGCUCAGUGGAUCAGUAUGGUGGAGGGUUUCAAUCAGGCCCUAAAGGAAAUUGGGGAUGUGGAAAACUGGGCCCGCAGUAUUGAGAUGGACAUGAGGACCAUCGCCACAGCUCUGGAGUACGUACACAAGGGUCAACCUCAGUCUGCUUCCUCAUAAACUUCAUAGUG